CCUGAGCUCUCAAGGCAGUGCCACCUGCCCGCUCUCUCGCCUCGGUCGCGCUCACCAUCACCAACAUGCUGCGGAGACUGAGCGGCCCCGCGCUGCCGCUGCUCCUGCCGCCGCUGCUGCUGCUGCUGGGCGCCGGCGUACGCGCCGAGGUGCUGUUCCGCUGCCCGCCCUGCACGCCCGAGCGCCUGGCCUCCUGCAGGACCCCGUCGGCCGGGGCCGGGCGGCCCUGCGCCGAGCUGGUCCGGGAGCCCGGCUGCGGCUGCUGCUCCGUGUGCGCCCGUCUGGAGGGCGAGACGUGCGGCGUUUACACCCCACGCUGCGCCCAGGGGCUGCGCUGCUAUCCCAACCCGGGCUCCGAGCUGCCCCUACAGGCGCUGGUCCAGGGCGCCGGCACUUGCGAGAAGCGCCGCGACUCCGACAGUCCCGAACAGGCUGCAGACAAUGGCGAUGACCACUCUGAGGUUGAUGACCAUGGGGACGGGACAAUCGUCGGAGGUGGAGGCAGUGCUGGCCGGAAGGCCUUCACGUCAGGCAUGAAGGAGAUGGCCGUGUUGCGGGAGAAGGUGACUGACCAGCAGCGCCAAAUGGGCAAAGGUGGCAAGCAUCAACCCAGCCCAGAUGACUCCAAGAAGCUUCGGCCGCCAUCUGCCAGGACCCCCUGCCAGCAGGAAUUGGACCAGGUCCUGGAGCGGAUCUCCACCAUGCGCCUUCCAGAUGAGCGGGGCCCCCUGGAGCACCUCUAUUCCUUGCACAUCCCCAACUGUGACAAGAACGGCCUGUACAACCUCAAACAGUGCAAGAUGGCUGUGAAUGGGCAGCGUGGGGAGUGCUGGUGUGUGAACCCCAACACCGGGAAGCUGCUGCAGGGAUCCCCUACAGUCCGUGGGGACCCGGAGUGCCAUCGCUUCUACAAUGAGCGGAUGCAGUAGACCACAGCCGGCCGGUGCCUGGCACCCCGCCACCACCUCUCCAAACACGGGCAGAGAGAGGAGAGAGCUUGGGUGGUGGGCGGGGGAGGAUUUCCCAGGAGUUUUGACACAUGUAUUUAUAUUUGGAAAGAGACCAGCACCGAGCUCCGCACACCCGCCGCCUUGCCCCUCCCCGCGGGAGAGGCUGCACCCCCUUCUCGAGUCCCUGCUGGGAGGAAGGGGUGCCUGCAGAGGCAGGGCUGGGCUCCAGGUUCGGGAGGGGGAAAAAGAAAUUUUUAUUUUUAAACCCCUGUGUCUCUUUUGCUUAAAAUUAAAGAAAGGAAA